CAAUUCAGCAUGGAAUCCUCGCCGUCGGUCGCUAAGAGCGCAGGUAUAUGGGAGCUGGACAAAGUCACNGUCGAUAGUCAGAUCCUCAGUAACACUACAGACCUAAUCCAGCUCAAAGCGUCAGACCAAGAUGAGAUCGACAAGAGCAACAAACCAUUCCAAGCUAUGGUUCACAAAGAUCUCCUUUGCUUCUUCUCAAAGUACUAUCGUGCAGCACUCCAAGGUGAAUUCCUCGAAGCUGGCAACAAAUCAGUUGUUCUUGAGCUUAAGACCGCAGACUGCCAAUACUUUGUUGGUUGGGUUUGCACUGGUCGACUGCCUGAUGUGCCCAGAGCUGAUCUCUUUCCCCUCUACGUAUUUGCCGACAAAACUGACAUGCUCGCCCUUCGUCGAGCCAUCAUGACAAGAGUUGCAGGAUGCGGAGAUGAUAUCCCGCCGGAAUUCUGCGAAGCUGCAGUGGCGCUAAAUUCAUUACCUUCGACAUCUCCACUCUACCAAUGGCUCCUGCACACAUACACUCGUCAUUCGUUGUCUGGGUACCUAGAAGCAAAAGAUGCAUUGCCAUACGCAUUCCUUCUGGACUGGAUCAACGAAGGGAGGGAUUGGACGCGUACAAACAGCAGCAAGUACUGCCGCAAGUGUCAACAUCCCUGCAACUACCAUGAGCAUGAAAGUGUUGAAGAGUGGAAAUCCAGUAAGUCGAUACAACGAUUCAGAUGA